CGUAGCAUGUACCUAAAAAUAACCCCUCCCUUUCUUCUUCAUCUUCCUUUUUGGUGUGUGCGUUAGGAUAGGAGCAAAGCCUUUUCUGUUGUCUUUCUUCUUUCUGUCUUCCUUUUUUAAUUUUCUAUGCUGGAGAACAUACUUUCGAAAACAAACGACAACCAUUCCUCACAAGCAAAUUUGUUAAACAGCCAACACCAACAAUCAGGGUCAGAGGGAAUCAACACUUCCGCCAUGAGAGAGGAGCAAGAACAACAACAACAACAACGAUCGGUCCAGUUCAGCGAUGCUCCAGCACCAACACCGCCUGCUCACGAUGCUUCCUCACCUGCGUCGCAAUCGCGUGAUAACCUCGUUCCACAGGAAACGAGUCGAAAUAUGUCGCCUAUGCCGUCACCACAGCAACAGCAGCAACAACAACCCUACUACAAUGGCUACCAAUCCUAUUCAGCACAACAGCCCUACUACAACUACAAUAACUACUAUCCAACGCCUCCGCCACAUCAAGCAGUUCCUGUUAUGAUGGGCAAUGGCAAGCCCGAGCAUUUCUGGUAUCGGCGAUCAUGGCCAGCAGUAUGGACCUAUCUGACAGGUGCGGCAAUGCUCGGUAUGCUUGUCUACGAACUGGUCAAGAACCAUCAAGUCACUGGCAACGUGAUAGAAAUGAGCCCCUUCAAUAUUAUGAUUGGCCCGUCCUCAGAUACCCUCAUUUUAGUCGGUGCACGCUUUGUACCGUGCAUGCAUGAAACAACACACUUCCCAACCAGUGGGACCUACCAAUGCCCUAACAUGACCGACUAUGGCCAGACUGGCGCUACUGCACCCACGCUUACUCCUGUACAGACGAACACCACCCUCGUGGGCCCGCCAUGCACCUUGCAAGAUGUAUGUGGCAUAUCUACUUUUGAGGACCCUGAUGUACCGGAUCAGUGGUACCGCUUCCUUACAGCCAUCUUUUUGCACUCGGGCGUCAUCCACUGGCUGUUCAACAUGUUUGUCCACAUGUCACUUGGCGCAAGCAUGGAACGGUUCAUGAACCCUAUACGAUAUGCCAUUGUGUGGCUCGCUUCUGGGGCUUUUGGAUUCAUUUUCGGUGGUGUCUUUGCGCCUGUCGGUAACGCUUCCGUGGGUUGCUCCGGUGCCCUCUUUGGCGUUGUCGCGCUUCUCUUUAUCGAUCUCUUUACCCAAUGGCGUACCACGCUUAACCCCUGGUGGGAAUUCACUAAACUGAUUUUCCUCAUGCUGUUCAGUUUUGUAUUUGGUCUUUUACCGGGCCUCGACAAUUUCGCACACAUUGGUGGUUUCGUGGCGGGUUUGUUCUCGGGCGUCAUCUUCUUUCCAAUCCCAACGGCAACCAGAACCUCCAAGGUAUGCUUGUGGGUUGUUCGCCUCAUUCUUUUGGGCGGUCUUGUCGGGAUGUUUUAUGGCAUGAUCGAUGUUUUCUAUAGUGGUCAGGAUCCUCAAGAAAUUUGCCCGUGGUGUAAAUACUUGGCAUGUUUGCCAAUUGCAGAUAUGUGUGAAGCAUAUUACGCUUAAAUUAUUCUAUUCUUCUUGUACAUUAUCUUCUACUUUUCCCCCUUCACAUCAUUGUAAAAUCACAGUCAUUAUUCUUUCACCCCCUCCAUCCCAUACACGAGACGUUGAAGCGCACAAUGAAAAUCUACAAUACUCUAUACCUUGUCAGAGUGACUCUUUUGCCCAGAACAUCAUAUUUGUUAAGAGGUGCAGCAUGUGUUGCGCAUCCAUAAACUGCUGUAUGUACAGUCGUACGAUGUCUCAGAGUGAUCUUAAUGGCAAUAUUGUAUAUAGGUCCCUGCUAUAAGUGGUACCUCUCUUCUUGCAGUACUGUAUCGACAAGUGUUGCUAUACAGUGGUAAAUAUGUUAGAAAGCCCCUUGUGGAUA